UCGAGAGGAUCUCGAUUAAACUGCGGCAGGUUUCUCCGUGAAAACAUUCAGCGCCGAAGUAAAUGCAUCGCCGAAACAACGAACUACGUCGAGUACGGUAGUGUUACGCAGAACGUAUCGGAGCGUUUUCUCACUCGCAUGUAACACGAGGAUUAAAAAAAAAAAGUAGAGAUUGCCUGGUGGAACAAAAUAGAGACGUCCGUAGGGACUUAGCCAUCUUGGAAAGAUAUGUCGUAUUGGUCAAAACAUCAACAAUAUAGUGUGUAUUAUUCGAUACAUGUUGCUAGCUUGCUUUAACUAAGGCUGACUACACCGUCUAUCAACGGGACUGGAGGACGACACGGUGGCGUAUCUGACACGCGGACGUAAUCGCAGAAGAAGCACAGGCUUCGUCGAACGAUGAAUCGCACUGACGGAUUGGUACAACGACGACGUGUGGUUAAUAGUAGUAGCGGUAGCAGUCUGGGCCAGGAUGGCUCGAACGAUGUCGGCCACAACGACAAACUGUCGGGCCAUGGGAUGGACACAGAUUCUUCCGUGCAGAAGGAUCAAAACUCAAAUCCCACGAUCGAUGACGAUUCUGAUAAGGAAACACGGUUAACGCUCAUGGAGGAAGUGCUUUUGCUUGGCCUGAAGGACAAGGAGGGUUAUACAUCAUUCUGGAACGACUCUAUAAGUUCCGGACUACGCGGUUGUAUCCUGGCAGAACUUGGGUUCCGUGGUCGAGUAGAGUUAGAAAAGGCCGGUAUGCGUAAGAAAGGGUUAUUGGUGAGGAAACUUCUGUUGAAAAAUGAUGCACCUACAGGGGAUGUUUUGUUGGACGAAGCCCUCAAACAUUUAAAGGAAACUGACCCACCAGAAACCGUUCCUAGCUGGAUCGAAUAUCUCAGUGGAGAAACAUGGAACCCGCUCAAAUUAAGAUACCAACUGAAGAACGUUAGAGAAAGAUUAGCAAAGAAUCUUGUGGAAAAGGGAGUCUUAACCACGGAAAAACAGAAUUUCUUACUCUUUGAUAUGACAACUCAUCCUCUUACCGAUAACCUUGCCAAAAGCCGUCUUGUAAAAAAGAUUCAGGAAGCUGUAUUAACACGCUGGGUUAACGAUGCUGGUCGUAUGGAUAGGCGAACGUUAGCAUUAGUAAUAUUAGCUCAUGCGGCCGAUGUAUUAGAAAACGCAUUCGCGCCACUUUCCGACGACGAUUACGAGGUAGCAAUGCGACGGGUACGAACUUUACUAGAUCUUGACUUUGAGGCAGAGGCUGCUAAACCUAAUGUAAAUCCGGUACUUUGGGCCGUGUUCGCAGCAUUCACCAAGUAACAGACCUUUUAUAAAUUACGAGUGUAUAAAGCAAAUACUGGGUACUAGCGUGAAUACUUGGGACUAUAAAUUUUUGCAUGAACUUUAGUUGCAAUCUGAAAUUGAAUAGCUACUAUCAUUGUUAACGAUCAUACAAUUCAGACCAAAUACCUUUGAGCCCGACUGUGUAAAGCAGACUUAGAAUAAUUAGUAACUCCCGUUAUUGUUAUUUAAUACAUUUGAUAGCUGAAUUAUAAAUAUUCGUAUUUAAAUAUUACAAAAGUAACAAAAAUUAAUAGUGUGAAUGAUUACUUCGAGUGCGGGGUAGUGCCAUUGUCAGUUAAGGAAUGAAAGAUUGCACCGUGCUGAGUUUCUGUCCCAUAAUCGUCUCAGUAUCUAUCGUGUCUGCACAUGGACUGCAAAUAUGUUUAUAGACACAGUAUUUAUGUGGCGGGGCAUUUAAUGUCGGAUUAAAUGUCACAUUCCUGCGAGUGUCUGAAUGUGGAAGCGAUGAAAGUAAUUCUUUGCACUGUUGCGACAAUGACGACGAAUUUUUACUAUUUCUUUAGAUAUACCCCCUUUGUACCAAACUGGAUCGUACUAGGUUACUCGCAAAAAACUACUUUUUAUGGAAAUGUUACAUAGCUUCAGCUGGUGGCAGUAAAGUACUCGGAUGUC